AAGAAGAAGAAGAAGAAGAGCUUCCGGGAUUUUAGACAUGUGAAGGAGGUUUUGUGCGGUCGAUUCUUUUGCCACUGUUUUUUGUGAAUUCAGUUCUGUACAACAGUAGUAGUAGAAGGAGAAAAUUGAAAAUGAGACGCACAGAGAAGCAGCGACUGGAAACUAAAGGAAAGAAGAUGGCUGUAAACAGCUGCGGGGAGGAAGACACCGAUGCAAAGAAAAAGGUCAAUCUGCUUACAGAAACAGUGGAACCGCAACGGCGAGAACACGGCGAUGAAGCUGGGUACCAAUCUGGUGGAGAGGCUAGCGAGGACUGUGGUGGCAGUGAAGAAGCAGAGGAAUCUGAGGGGAUCAGUGGGGAAGAGGAAGAACAAUAUACAGGUGGUGGCAUAGGGUUGCAGACAAAGGAACACAUCGGGAAAGAACUGUCCACUAUGCCUUUUGAGGAUAUCAUGGAGCUGCAGCAAAAGGUGGGAACUAAAGUGUUUAACGAGGUCGCGUACAACAGAAAAGGGGCUCGAGAGGUCAGCAAGAAGAAACGACUGAACAAGAACAGACCGAUGGAAAUUUCAGCAAAGAACUCACCAUCCUUCCUACGUCAGGUCAUCCCUGUCAAAAAAUCUACCAGAAGAGACCCUCGAUUUGACAGCCUGUCAGGGGAGUACAAACCAAUAAUUUUUGAGAAGACUUACAAGUUUAUUAAUGACCUCAAACACAGAGAGAAAGAGAUCAUAAAGAAGCAGCUAACGAAGACAAAGAACGGCAGCCAAAGGAAGGAGAGGCUGCAGUUCCUGCUGAGGAGAUUGGAGAACCAGGAGCAAGCAAGACGGAGCCAAGAGCAGCAGAGAGAGAGAGAGCUAAAGUUCAAAAAGCAGCAGCGAGAACGAGCCAAUCGGGGAGCACAGCCCUUCUUCCUGAAGAAAUCGGAAAAGAAGAAGCUGCAGCUCGCUGAAAAAUAUCUGGAACUGAAGAAGAGGGGCAAAUUGGAGACCUUCCUUAGCAAGAAAAGGAAGAGGAACUCAUUUAAAGAUCGCAAGAAGCUACCCGAACAACUACAUAACUAAAAGCCUUCUUUAUGCUGAAAACUGGCAAACUGUUUUCUGAGAAAUGUUUGAGGGAUAUGAAUCAGCCUGUUGUUAAAGCCUAAUCAGUCUGCUGAUGGUACUGCUGAAUCUUAUCAAGUGUACUAUUGUAAAAGCUCUGUGUUCAGAAAUGUUUGUGCACAAUAUUUUCUAUAAAAAUAUUAAAAGCAUAUUGUUUUGAGCAUCAUAGCAUGGUUGGAUUGUGUUAAAUGUACAAGUGUUUUAUUACAUCGAUAGACAAUAAAUGUUUUCCUCAAGACUAAA